AUGUGGUGCGAGCUCCCAGCCUAUACGUCGCCAAAUGAAUUAGGCGAUUUUGGGAGUCUGGAUCCCCGAGUUCUGGCAGAAACGGUGCAAUGGGAAAGUCAGCCUCUUCCUCUAGUCGAAGAAGACUUCCUCAUGUCAUCAGAAAAUAUCGCGAUAUACGAACCAGAAGAGUUGAGCCCUACUUUAGAUGAGGGACUACUAAUCUCCACAAAUUCCAUUUCGACGACACCUAGUGAGGACGUGAAAGAACGCAUAGUAUAUGGCGAUGACUCCAAUCAACAUAUGACCAAAAUUGCUCUUAGCGCAGUCGACAAAUUCCAGUGCAAUUAUCCUGGCUGCACUGACAAAAAAACAGGAAAGCCGAACAACUUCAAGCACAAAAGUCAUCUGAAGCGACACCAAGAAACUAUCCACAGAAACGUUCACGGCCCACCUAUGCAUAGGUGUUGGGUACCCAUGUGUGACAAACGAUACAAGAGAAAAGAUGCACUUCAAGCCCACUUAAAGAAUCACUCGAAAAAGGGAGGCAAAAGUCGUUACGUUGCUACACUAGACAAGGACAGUCAGUACUAUGACCCAGAUUGGAAAGGCGAACUAGAUGAGCGUGAGAACCCGAUUCCACUACCAAAUGUCAACCAUGUUAAUUCGCCCAUGAAAGUCUUGGGUUCUGAACCGGCACUCGGGUCAGGCAGGUCCAGGAAGUACCCAUGCCCCGACUGUUCCUUGUCCUGCUAUCGCAAAGUCGACUUAGAGAGACAUGUUCUCAUCCACACUGGAACGAGACCCUAUAUCUGCUCCUUCGAAGGUUGGGGUCACGAUAAAGUCCAAUGUCUCCUGGGUGAUGGUAAAGACCAAGGCAAAUUUUACUCAAACCCGACGAGUCUGAGAAUGCACAUGAACAGGAAGCACAAAGCAACAUGA